AGUUCAAACUAAUCUAACCAUUUGGAUCUUCCAGUGCUUGUAAUUUUUGCGGUUUUAUUCGCAUUAUGCCAACAAAAACGCUGACAGCGUUCAAUUUUAUUAAUAUCAUCUAAGAUCACAAUAAAAAAUGUUUUAUUAAUAACAGACAUUAUCAGCAAGACCAAACAGUCUUGUUUAAUAAGUCUUCAAUUCAAUUGUUCUACAUAAGAUCUUUGAAUUAAUACAAGUGUUUGUUUGUUUGUUUGUUUUCUACACAUCAUACAUAACACGCUUUACGCUGCAACGCUUUUGUAGAAAAAAAAUAAAGAAAAUAUAAAUUAAUAAAAUCUAAAAUAAAUCAAUCAUCAUCAUGCCAUAUUUUCCAAAUAUCAGUAAAAGUAGUAAUAAAAUGAGUAGUAAUACCUCAUUGGAUAAUGCAUCGGAUCAGGAUUAUAGUGAAUUUUUAAGUGAAUAUCUACUGCAGACACAUUCACCUCACAACGAGCCGGAAAUACAAUAUGAAGAGGGUGAAUUGGAAGCUGAAUGGUUAAUUGCUGCCGGUUUUCCACAAUUAACAAAACCAUUUGAGCAGGGUUUGGAAUUGCGAACUUCUGAAUUAGAACCGAUUUUGGCCUCAUUAUCUAAGCCUCAUGCUGAUGCCAUUAAACAGAGAGUGCGUACUUUAAAUCAAACCGUUAGAGGUCGCACUAAAAAUCGCCAAAAACGUAAACCCGAUAUUAGAGAUGUUUUUCGAGAUUUUGAUGAAUCAAGCACUGGCACCAGAUCACGUAGUGCCACACCUGAUUCUUUGGAUUCCAUACCAGGUGAUGAGGUGUGGGGCAAUACCUCUAUACCCAGUUUUGUUAGCAUUUUUGAUCAUGGCAAUACAACAGACAACGGCAAUGGUCAUUCACCUUUGUUUUCGAGUAAAAAUCUUAAACAAAAAUUAAGACGUACACCAAGUGCUCCUCUCAAAGGUUCUACAGAUAUUUUUCGUGGUUCUCAUGUACGCUGUGAUAUACCACUAUACUCGGCCGAUGGUAUAGAACUAUUGGGUUUUUCACGCAUUGGUACCAUACAUAUACCAAGGAAUAGAAAUAGAUCUGGGUCAGAUCCUUCCUGUUCGGUGGGACGUGCCCGUGGUGAAUCAAUGACCCAAGAUUCUCAAAGUGAUAAUAACACCUCUUCGGGGGAUUCUAGUGAUGAGUGUUUGUCCAAUCAUCAAAGACUAUCGAAUUCUUCAUCGCCUGAAACAUCGCCACAAAAGAUAUUAAUCAGUAAGAUACAUUUGGAUACACCACCACAAAGUGUGCAAAAUUCACCUUCCUCAAGAGAUGGUAUUAGUUUUGAGAGUAUGUGCCGUGAGACCUCUAGUCAAGAUGGAGUGGAUACUGUCGAUAGCAGUGAUUUAUCCUUGGAAUUUUACUCCGAUAUUGAUACAAUUAACGAGACAGAAUUGAAGCGUUUACAACCGUUGUUCUGGUUGGAACUAGCUUCCAUAUUCGAUCGUAAUCACGUUCAGCUGGAUAAACGGAAACCCGUUAAGCGUCGUCGCAAAGAAGAGGGCAAUUUAUUUGGUGUCUCUUUGAAUGCUCUAAUCAGACGUGAUCAACAGAUAACGGGUACCGAUUCCACAUUGGUACCAUUGUUUUUGGAAGGUUUACUAGAAGAACUUACCAAAAGAGGUGCCCGUGAGGAAGGUAUAUUACGUGUCGCUGGACAUAAACAAAAGACUGAAUUACUUUAUCAAGAACUUGAAUCGAGUUUCUAUCAAAAACCAAAAAAAUUCCAACAACUCUUAAGCUCAGCCAGUGUUCAUGAAUUGAGUGCCCUGCUCAAACGUUGGCUACGCGAACUACCCCAACCCCUGCUCACCAACGAACUCAUACAAUUAUUCUAUCAGUGUCAUGCUCUCCCGCCCACAGAUCAAGCCAAAGCUUUGGCCAUCAUUUGCCAAAUGUUGCCACACGAAAAUCGCAAUACGCUACGAACGCUUUUGCAUUUCCUCAACAAUGUGAUCGAACAGAAAGAAUUAAAUAAAAUGAAUUUACACAAUGUUGCAACGAUCAUUGCACCAUCAUUCUUUCCGCCUCGUUUCGUACAUCCCAUUGAUAAGAACAGCAUAGAGGAUCAAGUGAAGAUGGCAGCACAAUGUUGUCGUCUAACGAAUGUAUUGAUAACGCGUGGCGAAUCACUAUUUCAAGUGCCAAAUAAUUUAAUAGAAGAAUCGAAAUCUUCGAAUAAAACAAGACAGGGUAAACGUGGUCUACAUCGACGUGUUAAGGCUACCACAUCCCUGUUGCAUGUUAGCAGCUCAACUAAUAACAAUAACAACAACAAUAUUAGCAGCAAUAAUAACAAUAACAACACCAACAAUAAUACCAGUACCAUUUCCAUAGGUGAAAAUGGCAAUAUGGUUACACGUCAACAGUCAAUUAAUCCAAGUCAUGUACAUCGUUUAAUUAUUUGAUCACUACGAUUUGAUUUAUGAUUUACAAAUUAGACCAAAGUCGUCGUCGUCGUCAUCGUCUCUAACACAAAAGCUUAUUAUUAAUAAUAAAUUUCAAGAAAAAAGGUGUCUAAUCUAAACGGAAACUUAAAUAAAAUCAUAUUUUUCAUUAGAAUUUUUUUAACUAGUUUUUUUUCUUUUAGUCAAUAUCUGUUAAAUUGACUUAGAAA